AUCCGAAAUAGAAUUUGGCUCAAGGUAUCACAUCUUCCAAGCUUUAAGCGACGUACAACGAGUGAAGUUUAAAUAUAGAUUGAUGCACAAUACAUGCUACCAGGCCAUGAAGGCGCCAAUUUUCCCUUGAGGACCGAACCUAUGCCACACCCAAUGUGCAAAAAAAAAAACUCCUGUUGCUUGCUAGAGCCCAAUUUGCGUGAGCAUCAUCACAGACAUAACAGCGCUAUAGCUGGUCAUACAAAUACCAAUGCUUAGGUACACUGAAUCGCUGAAAAAAGGCCGUAGACGCGCGUGUAUGCGCUUGAGCAACCAAAA